AUGUCAACCUCUAAGGAUGGAAAUAAUCAUAAAGGACCUAGUGUGGUCACCGUUGAUGCUUCUCCUCAUGUGCUUGUGGUUGAUGAUUCCCUUGUUGAUCGUUGUGUUGUUUCCAUGGCCUUAAAAUGCUCUAAUGUACGAGUGACUGCAGUGGAAGGUCCCAAGCAAGCCCUUAAGUUCUUGGAUGUGGAACAUGAUGUGAAGAUGAUUGUGACAGAUUACUGUAUGCCAUAUAUGAUUGGCUAUGAUCUGCUUAUGGAAGUGAAGAAAUCACCCAAGCUGAGGCACCUCCCAGUGGUGAUUGUAUCCUCGGAUAACAUCCCUGAAAGGAUCAAAAUGUGCUUGGAUGGAGGAGCAAUGGAGUACAUCCUGAAGCCUGUCAAAGUUGCUGAUGUACCUCGCAUUUUGAGCUACAUAUGA